UUCUCCAAAACCAAAUUCCAAAACCCUUCAAAAAUGGAAAACGACAAGGGCGAGCUCUCCUUCCCCCAAAACCAAUCCCUCCUUCACCCGGCCAACCAGCCAACCAACAAAUUCGCUAACAAAAUGUACAGGAGAACUCGUCGACCUCUAUGUCCCCCGCAAGUGCAGCGCUACCAACCGCAUCAUCAAGGCGAAGGACCACGCAUCCGUGCAGAUCUCGGUCGGAAAGGUAGACGAGACCGGGCGCUACAUACACGGCGAGAACACCACCUACGCGCUCUGCGGGUUCGUCAGGAGCAUGGGCGAGAGCGAUGACGCGCUCAACAGGCUUGCCCAGAGGGAUGGACUGCUGAAGAAUGUCUGGUCGGCGUCUCGUCAGCAUUAGGGUGGUUGGUGAGUUUUACUCCUCUACGUGCUACUCGCUAUGGGGAGGGGAAGGGAAGGGAUGAAUGCUGAUUUGGGGGGCUCUGGGGGUGCGAUGAUACAGUGGUGGAGAGCUAUCGGUCAAACAAAAUAUUAAUAAAGGGAUUUCCUCACCACAAAAUUUGUUUCAAUGUGCUAUGUUUUUUUCCAUAUUCAAAGUUUUCGAAUCCGAUCUCCGUCUGCCAGCCUACCCAGCCCCUCCCAAAGCAAACAGACCCAUCCAUCCCAUCCCCCCCCUUCUCUACUUCUCAAUAAUAAAAGCGGCCCCGGUACCGCCCUCUCUAACUUCCCCACAGAGAGAGGCUCACAGUACCCCCAAUCACCCCCCCUUCCCCCUCCCUCCACCCCUCUCCCCGGGAACCUCCCAAAGAGCAACCAUCGCACGAGUCUCUAAUACGCAAGGAUUCCAAAGGGUCCUUCGCUCACUCCGAGAUUCCGAUUCCUCCAGGGCUAUUUCCUAAGGUGCGGGCGUGCGCGAGUGGAGGCGAGGCGGUGAAGGGUUUAUAAACGGGAAGGAGGAGGCCGCAAGAACAAAACAAACAAAAACCUGCUGAAGAGCUGUCACGCAAAGAACAUGCGUUUGAGCACAGAUACGGGUCUUACAUCUCAUGUCAGCCGGUUUAGUAAAAAAAAGUAACCAAGGGGUUUUGUUCAUUUA